AUGCAACAUCGUCACCCUUCUUAUAUACGAGACUUACUCACGACUAAUCGUAGCUUCUACGAAGAGUAUAACGAAGACGACGUCCCUGCGGCCUCCUCGUCUACACAAGGUAGAUCAACGGAAACUGCCAAAUAUGUCAAGAAGCAAGAGAAAGAACGAAGACACCGGGAGAAACUACGGGAAGGCGGUCGAUCCGGUCGGAGUAAGCAUAAGAGCAAUACCAAGAAAAAGAUCGACGAGACUCUCAAGCCAUUCUACAAUAGCAACGGACACGGCAAGUUCUUUUCCGGAAUUCCGGUGGCUUUCUACUCCUUGGUAUUCUCUUGUGCGUUUCACAUACCUACGCAGCAUAGCAUUGCUACCUUCUUUCUUUGUAACUCUAGUCAAUCCAGUACCGACACACGGCCUCUUUUGACCCUGACCUGGAAGCACCUUAGCUCACAUUAA